CGCUACCUCUCCUUCGGAGUCCUUCCACAUGUCUUCGUCACGAACCACAGAAGACACCUAUGAAGCACAGAAUGACCAGCGACUAGAUGAAUUACAUUCAAAGAUACGCACACUUCGCGGAGUUACCACAGACAUAUACGAGGAUGCUGAAAGACAACAUCUGACUCUUGAUGACACAGGAAACGCUUUCUCUAGCCUUUCAACGUCCUUGUCUCAGUCCUCCCGACGAGCUGCGCAAGCAUUCGGUCUCUCUGGCGCAGGCGGCGUCAGGCAGAUGCGGAUAAUUAUGUAUGUCGUUGGCUGCUUUCUGACACUCUGGCUAGUUUGGAAAAUGAAGGGUAUUUGGUGGGCCAGCGAAAGCGCAUAAGCCAUUGUAGCUGCUCCAUGGGGCUAAAUUACGCUCGUACAUAUAUAGGAUAAUUUGUGUAAUAUCUAUACCCUUACAUGAAUCAGUGACAAAAACAAGAGGAGUAUUGAAAAGCGUCUUCCUCCAACU